AUGUCGUGGCUUACACGAAGCUCCUUCCGUCAUCCCUAUCGGUCUUUAUUCUCCGUCUUUCUCCUCUGGAAGGCCUCAUUGCUUCUCCUGGCCAUCUUGACUCCCGGUCCCGGGUAUGAUACCUCCACGACCUUAUUUCCAUGGCACAAGAACACAAAUGAAACAGAAGGAAUCAUCCCAUCCACCUUGAGGCGGAUAUCUACCAAGUUGACAAGAUGGGAUUCCAUUUACUUUACUGAAGCGGCCAGACGAGGCCAUCUCUUGGAGCAAGAAUGGGCAUUCAGUUAUGCGUUCUCCAAAUUCAUUAAUCUAUUGGCCAGUGGCUUUACAAACAUUGGGGCUAUCCCCUAUGAAUUCAAGUAUAGUGCACUUGGUAUUGCCAUUUCCCACGCAGCUCAUGCCAUCUCGGUGGUAGUUCUCUAUCGUUUGGCAUGCACUCUAUUCCCUGGAGCGCAAGGACGCAAGCUAGCUUUUAUCGCAGCAUGCCUGCACAUUAUCUCGCCUGCUGGACUUUUCCUAUCUGCUCCCUGCACGGAGAGCACGUAUUCUCUCUUAAGCUUCACGGGCACUCUUCUCUUUGCUCAAAGUUUUGGUGCUCGCGGCGUCUCCACCAGCAUCAAAGAUAGCCUCCUAGUGCUUGCGGGUAUCCUGUACGGCUUAUCCACCGCUGUUCGUGGAAAUGGUCUGCUCAAUGGCAUCGUUCUUUUCGAAGAAGCAUGUCGAAUCUUGCAUUCGUUGACGCAGGGCUUCAGCUAUGCCAAGUUUCGUCGCCUGGUUGCGGUCGGUCUUGGAGGUAUCUGCACAGGGCUCGGGUUUGUGUUGCCGCAAUAUAUAGCCUACCAGCACUUCUGUGCCACCCACAAAGACCCGUCAAGAGAAUGGUGUCAUCGAACUAUACCCAGUAUAUACAGCUUUGUUCAAGACCAUUACUGGGACAAUGGCUUUCUUCGAUAUUGGACUCUUUCCAACGUGCCAUUAUUUGCACUGGCUAGUCCAAUGUUGGUCAUCUUGGUGUACUCUGCCAUCUGGACGCUCAGGCCAGGGUCCCCGACCGGCCAACUGACAGGUCGUCUAAUGCGUAGCCUGGCAGCUCCUCAGAUUACCCUUGCCGUCAUGGUGUUUUUCUGCAAUCAUGUGCAGAUCAUCACACGAUUGGCCUCUGGUUACCCAGUGUGGUAUAUAUGGACAGCAACUUUGAUCAUGAACAGGUACACUGGUCCUUCAACUGCAUCGAAGCGGCAGCUGGAGGAGAAGACCAAUGACCGAAAUAGUUAUUGGCAGAUAAUUGUUCAGUACAUGGUGAUAUACGCUGCUGUGCAGGGCGUGCUUUUUGCAGCGUUUCUUCCUCCGGCCUAGACCAGCACAGGCGACGACGUUGUAUAUGACUAAUAUAAGUAUAUAGAAACCUGUGGUCGGAGGCCGACUAUAUAACAUCAAUGUCGGCUCUCGACUACUUUCUGGACAAACUACCAUAACCCCAACCUCCACUACAGCAGCAUGUGCAUGAUG